CUUGAGCCGAGCUAGCGAGUGACGUCAUAUGUCCCAUGGCGUCACAUUGACGUCUCGCAUACCAGUCGCUCUAUGUAGAGCGCAGACACAUAAAUGUGCUAUUAGACUUUCUCUCACAGAGCUCUCCACAUAAACAAAGCCACAUUGCAACUUCAUCACAGCGCAUCAUCAGCAUUAGUAACACGGACGCAGAAACGGAUCGCAGAAGUCCAGUGGUCAUGCACCGGAGUAUUUUUUGCUCUUUAGAAUAAAAAACGAAAAGUAAAACAAAUCUGUCACUACGUCCAGAACUACUGCUGUACUACUGUUACAACGAUUAUUUCAUGUUUAUGAUAAUUCCGAAGAUCUACAGGAAACUUUAAGGGGGCUAAUAUCACAUGUAAAGACGGAACCGCUACAGCAAGCAACCCCCGGUUCGAAAGAGCGCCCCCAGCCGAGCUCUGAGACCCGGCCGUCGGACAUUGUAACUACCGAGGCGUCUGUUGAAGCUGCCUCUUUCCAUCGCCUUUUACCAACUCCGCUGAGAAAACCGACCACAAUUCAGCGUGCAAAAUUUCAACCAGGUAAAUCUCAUCCAUGAUUGAGAUGAUAACUCAGUAUAAAGAGACAAACAUGUACGAAGGACCAGAGACAAUUCUGCUGCUCGAGGACUUGUGUUUUUGAUUUUAACUGAGCGUCAUUGCAGUGAGAAUGGGUUUGUCUAUUUGUUUUUUUGUUAAAUUACAUAUCUACACACAUAGACAUAGAAUUUUACCAAACAACAGGCCUCUUAAUCAUACAUUUAUCAUUUGCACACUGUAAUAAUUGGCAUUAAAUACAUUAUGAUACUUUUGAUUGCUAUGAUUUGUGUUUUUAAUUAUUCUGCUGGUUUAUUAUUUCAAUAACAGUAUUAUUUCAGUGCUUAAAAUAUAUGGGAAUUAUUACAUACAUGCGAUGGACACAUAACAUGCUUUAUUUUCAAUUGUCCCCCCAUGAAAUAAGUACUAUGUAUAAAUAUAAUUCUAAAGUAAUACGGAAAAACUUGUGAAAUUACUCAUGCAGGAUUUUUUUCAAAAACUAUAUAUACACAUACUCAGACACACACACAUUUAUUAUGAGAAAAUAUACUGGAAUAUACUGGAAUACAUAGUAACGGUUCACGGUGUAGUAUAAGACAGUGAUUUGUGAAACACACAUCAUGCAACAUUUUAUUGCAUUGAAAUGAAGAAUGAGGACAUCACAUCAACGUCCAUCCGGCUGAGGGAACGAGACGGGAGUCACGGAGGCAUUUUCUCCGAAAAAAUCCCAAACACGCGAGUGCCGCGACAGAGUUCAUAAAUAAACAGGUUACACUAGUACGGGAAUGCUGAGCAGUGGCAUGUAAAUGCUCUUUUUAAGUUUGGCUUUUCUUUUUUUCUCAAGGUGCCACUCCCUGGACUCGUUCCCACAACUACUUUUUAUCACAAUGACCUUAAUGGCUCCAUAGUGAUUGUGCGUUGAGUGUGUGUUUGUGUGCAUGGAAAUGCGUGUGCUGCCACGUGGUUUGCGCAAAUAUUUUUGUAUUUCGUUCAUUUUCAAUUUUUCGCUGGAAUUCCAUUGUGUUUGUUUUGACAAGUCAUCUUUUGUUUGGUAGAUGUAUGGCAUUCUGGGAAUGAACAAGCGCGCCCAAUUUUGGGACGGCUUCAUUUCAUCCACCUAAAAUGCACACCUCGAGAACUAACUGCAAUGACAUUAAGAACAGGAACAGUAAGUAAUAUGCCCUGUGUGCAGGCCCAAUAUGGCCCCGCCCCCCCCGGAUCCAGCUACACCAGUCAGACCUUCUACGACUACAGCUCUGAGCUCAUGAACCCGGACUACACCAAGCUGACCAUGGAGCUGGGUGGGGGGGAGAUCUCUGCGGCGGCCACCACCUCGCUGCCCAGUUUUAACGUCUUUGUGGACAGCAGCUACGAGCCAAAGUCCUCCUGCCUCUACCAGAUGCAGGGCCAGCGGUCCCUGAUCAAGAAGGAGGAAGACCCUUAUCCCGCACCCCCGCAGCUGUCUGAGGAUGCCAUUCCCAGCACCUCCAUGUACUUUAAACAGUCUCCGCCCUCCACGCCGACCACUCCUGGCUUGCCGGGCGCACCCAGCACCUCCUUCAUCUGGGAUGAUCCUCACAACCUCCCCCAGGUCCCGCCCAACUGCUCCCUGAUGGAUUCUGGUGCCCUGAAGUCCCCCCGUUUCCCGCCCUUCUUCGACCAUCCCCCCCCCCACGGCGGCUAUGAGCCGGUCCCGAGGCCGCCGCCUCCCUCGUCCUCCGCGUCGGCUGUGCAGCACCCCCCCGGACUGGAGCCGCACAUGUACCCGGUGCGCUUAGGCAAGCCGGGCAGCCUACACUUCCCACUGAGCAUGGGUCCCUGCACCCCCAUCCUUGGGGAGGGCACCAUGCCAUCGCCUCCUGGCCGUUCCGGUUCAGGGGAGGGUACCUGUGCCGUCUGCGGGGACAACGCCGCGUGCCAACACUAUGGCGUGCGCACCUGCGAGGGCUGCAAAGGCUUCUUCAAGAGAACCGUGCAGAAGAAUGCCAAGUACGUCUGUUUGGCCAGUAAAAACUGUCCGGUGGACAAAAGAAGACGCAACCGCUGCCAGUACUGCCGCUUUCAGAAAUGUCUGAGUGUGGGCAUGGUGAAGGAAGUGGUCCGGACAGACAACCUGAAAGGUCGAAGAGGUCGUCUGCCUUCCAAACCAAAGAGCCCCCUACAGCCGGAGCCAUCACCCCCCUCACCACCUAUCACUCUCCUCAAUGCCUUAGUGAGAGCCUACUCUCAGUCCACCCCCAGAGACCUGGACUACAGCCAGUUCAGUGCUGUGGACCAGCCGUCCGCCACUUCAGACGCCCAGCACAUCCAUCUCUUCUACCGGCUGCUGACCAGCUCCAUGGAGGUGACGAGAGCCUGGGCCGACCGCCUGCCUGGAUUCUCCGAUUUGCCGCGGGAGGACCAGACCCUGCUCAUUGACUCCGCCUUCCUCGAGCUCUUCGUGCUCCGGCUGGCCAACAGGUCCAUCGUGGCGGAGGACAAGUUUGUGUUUUGCAAUGGGCUGGUUCUGCACCGGUUCCAGUGCCUUCGUGGGUUCGGCGAGUGGCUGGACUCCAUCCGAGAUUUCUCAUCCCAUCUGCAGAACCUUAACCUGGACGUGUCUGCCUUUGCCUGCCUGGCUGCCCUGGUCAUGUUAACAGAACAAUGCCCGGGGCUGAAGGAACCAAAGAAAGUUGAGGAGAUCCAGAACAAGAUCAUCUGCUGCUUGAGGGAUCACCUGGGCUUCGGGGCUGGCGUGGCGAUCGGCGGGGCUGCCGCUGCGGCCAUGAAGCCCUCGGCGUCUCUGAGCAGGCUGCUCAGUCUGCGGUCAGAGCUGCGCUCCCAGCGCACCCAGGGCCUUCAGCGCAUCUUCUACCUAAAGCUGGAAGACCUGGUGCCGCCCCCUCCUGUCAUCGACAGGUUCCUGGACACCCUACCUUACUGACGGGGGCCCGCUGGCCGCAUGCAAAGCUCCUCCCCUCCACGCAGCGGAGAGCGCGCCCUGCUUUCUCUGUCCCGUGAAGACGUCCAUUGUUUCAGAGGCCUCCACGAUGCGCUGCGGCUGCGGAUUGGCAGAAGUUCUAGAUAUUCUAGAAUUUAGAACCUGAGGUUCUAGAGCCUCGGCACAGAGACAGUGAGAUUGCCACACAGCACAAAAGUCCUGGACUCCUGUAAAACUCCCUAACUGGGUUUACAUUUCUUACACAGAAGAAAAAACACACACUUUUGCACACACACAAAAAUCUGACUUUUCACUUUUCCUUUGUUUCUAUGUGAAGACGUGGGUAAUGUUUAUUUUCAAUCCAGAAAAGGACACUCUUCUCCGAGGUCUUUUCUUGCCAGAGUGGCUAGCAUAAUGUUUUUUGAUGGAGGUUAGUCCCUAGUCAUGUUUUGGAGAGAAAACCUCACUCCCGUUUGACACUAGGGGCGAGCGGGGAGCUCCACGGUCCAGUAAGAGUUGUAGCACAUUUGUGUGUAAAAUAACUAUCUGGAAAGUCUAUUUCAGGUUAUCAGCUCUAAGAAUUGGUGUCUUUUUUUUCCAAAAACUCCAGUCUGUGAACAUUUGUAUCGAAUUGUAUCUCAAACAAAGAGCCUUGCGUGUGGAUCCGUCUGGAGUAUUUUGUCAUAUAAAGAGUUUACCAGUGCACGGA